AACUUGUUCAUGUGACAGUCAUGUCCUUCGCAGCUCCUCCAUUUGCUCAGCCUCGUAUCGAACCCUCUUUGAAGCGUGUGAGGGUGCUGUUCGGGGGAAGCUAUGUAGUGGAUACGAGGGACGCAAAGCUGGUUUGGGAGAAGCCUCUUUAUCCAACCUAUUUCUUCCCAAUGUCAAAAAUGGACCCAUCGUGGUUCCACAAGUCUUCCAAGGAUAACCAGGAGCAUGGUAUCAAUAUUUAUGACUUAGUCGUCGGCGAUCGCAACGCUCCGGCCGCUGUGACAGCGUUCACUGGUGAGGCGAGCGACACUAAAGACUUAGCUGGGCUGUUCAAGAUCGAGUUCUCCUCUACCGAUGCGUGGUUCGAGGAGGACGAGCGAAUUUACGUUCAUCCCAAGGACCCCUAUAAGCGUGUGGAUGUGCUGCAGUCGUCACGCCAAGUACGCGUCACGCUCAAUGGUGUCGAGCUUGCCUCAACCAAUCGCCCUCGUUUGCUCUUCGAAACGGGUCUUCGCGUGAGGACGUAUAUGCCUCUCACGGACGUCCGUGUCGACCUCCUCAGGCCGUCUGACACAGUCACGGAGUGCCCUUACAAGGGGGUAGCCAAGUAUUAUAACGUUCAACUGCCGGAUGGGGAGGUACAUAAAGACAUUGUGUGGUACUACCGCACGCCGCAGCCUGAAUGUGGUCAGAUGGCGGGUUAUGUCGCCUUCUACGACGAAAAGGUUAAUGUUUGGGUCGAUGAAGAUGAUUAUGCUGAGGUUCCUAACGCUCGUGCCCGGGUCCAGUGAGGGGGGGUAGGAUGUUUUAAGGUGGAAAUUGUAUUCUGAAGCGCUUUGAAAGAUACAUGUACUCAUAUUUAAAGUUGUCCAACGGAGGCCAUAACGAUGCUGCCAUGAGUGAGCUUCUCAGAGCAUCAACGUUCAACCUCUGAAAAUAGAUAUUCACGAGUGUUGGCAUCACCCAUGGGCAAG